ACCCAGAAUCCAGAGCGCGGCGCGGCUCUCCGCUCUCGAUGUGAUUCAAAUGCAGGCGAUUCAGCUCAAACCCGUGUUCGAGUGCCCGACAUGGGGAGGGAAGCCUCCGCCGGGACUUCAUUUGGAUGUUGUGAAAGGAGACAAGCUUGUGGAGAAACUCAUCAUUGAUGAGAAAAAAUACUACCUCUUUGGAAGGAACCCUGACAUAUGUGAUUUUACUAUUGACCACCAGUCAUGUUCAAGAAUCCACGCUGCAUUAGUCUAUCACAAACAUUUAAAGAGAGUUUUCAUCAUAGAUCUGAAUAGUACUCACGGUACAUACCUGGGGCGCCUUCGUUUAGAGCCCCACAAACCACAGCAAGUUCCCAUAGACUCCACACUGUCAUUUGGAGCCUCAACACGAGCUUACACACUACGUGAAAAACCACAGACAAUACCCUCCGCAGUAAAGGGUGAUGAAAAUGCUGUGGAAGAUGAUGAACUGAAGGGUUUGUUGGGUUUGCCUGAAGAAGAAACGGAACUUGAUAAUCUGACAGAAUUUAAUACCGCUCAUAACAAAAGAAUAUCAACACUGACAAUUGAAGAGGGGAAUUUGGAAAUACAGAGACCAAAACGUAAAAGAAAGAGCUACAGGGUGUCGUUCAGUGAUGAUGAAGAGAUAAUAAAUCCAGAGGAUGUUGAUCCUUCAGUUGGUCGCUUCAGAAAUAUGGUUCAAACAGCUGUGGUUCCACUCAAGAAAAAGAAGACAGAAAGCCCCAGUUCACUGGGUCUGGAAGAUGGAGUUGCUAGGCGUAUGCAGAAUUUCCCAUUCAAUGCCAGUUUAUAUGGUGGCCUCCCUCCAACUAGUGGUGAUUCUGCAUCUCAGCUACACGGCAAUACAAUGGGAACCGCUAUGAUAGGAGGACUGCCAAUGCCAUUCCCAAAUCCUGCUCCUGAAGUAGACUUGGCACCGGCAGUGGUACCAGCAACUGUGACUAUAAACCCUGUUUCCAACCCAGGCGUAUUCAAUGCAGAAUCUGUUAAUGAACCGAAGAAAAAGAAAUAUGCCAAGGAAGCUUGGCCUGGCAAGAAGCCUACUCCAUCGCUGCUUAUUUGAUCAUCUGUUCUUUUUUUUUAUAUAUAAAAAGAAAUAAAGUCACCUAGGAUUCAAGGACCAAGAGGGGCUUUCUUUUAAUUCUGUUAAUAUGCCUAAAAUUUUUAUGAGCUUUGUACAGAUGUUUGUACAGUUGUGUAAUAGGUUCAGCCUUUCCAACAUAUACUGUUAAUGCUUUUUACUUCUAACCUAUAUUUCAGUGUAAAUUACAUUUGCUGUUGCCACUUUGUUAGACUAAAGUCACAUAAACUAUUUUUCUGCUAUGUGUGCUUUGUUUCCAUGUCUAGAAUAGGAUGAUAGUUGAGGGGUUUCAGUUUUUUAAUUUGUGUUCUAAGUUUAGUAAAAGAAAAGUGGACGAAGAAUGUUACCUGUAUACACUGCAUAACUGGGGCAUUGAUUAAUAUAUUCAAACUAAAAUUCUUGUGGCUAAUGGGACUGCUAGCGGAAAACCUGCAACACUUGGAUAGCAAAUUGACACUACAUAGGUAGAUGACAAUUUGCAAGAUGUUACACCACAUCACAUUGCUUUCCCUUUUUAUGAUUUACUCUGGUUGGUUACUUAGUACUUCAUAACUUACACUAUUCCAGCCUUGCCCGUUUUAAUCAUGUGUGAUUAUGUUUGAGAGUGAUGUUUGCUAGUUGCAGAAUAUGAUAGACAUUUAAUUUCUGGAACGUCAUUAUUCAAACUACUUUAAAGAAAAAUUCUUUCUAAAGACAGGUAAUGUUUUAUGGGCUUUAUUGUCUGUUUUUGUAAAGUGGGGCCAUCGUGGACACUUGUGUUUAUUCUGAAAUGAUCAGUCAUGAAAUUAAAACUACUCAAUUUUUUUGAAGAAAUUCCUCUGCAAAAAUUACCUACAUUGGUGUGUGCUGAAUAUGUAUUAUUACCCACAGCUCUUUAUAUUUUAAAUGCCUAAAUUGUCACCAAUGUGCCUUUUGAGUUGAGAGAUAUUGGAUUAAUUUUGGGGCAUUUUCUUCAGUGAUUUAUUUGUGGCUGAGAUAUAUGCUUAUUUUUUUCCAUUUUUAAAAUUAACUUCUAUAGGUCAAGUGGUUUAAAAGAAAAUCGAGGUAUGUAACACUGAGAAAUUGAUCUAGGCUAACACUCCUGUGGAAAAUGAUGUGCUGUUGGGGAUCCAGUCUUUCAAAUGAAGCAUUAAACCAAGACGUGGCUCCUUGGGUAAAUGUAAAAGAUCCCUCUGCAUUAUUCCAAGAAGGGCUUGCUUGCUAUUUCUAUCACCUCGGCAGGAUUUAUCCCUUAAACAUGAUCUAGUCAUUUAAUUCAUUGCAAUUUGAUGCUUACUAUCUGCAAAUUGUGCAAUAGCAAAUGCAGAAGCCAAUGGUGACUUUGCUUCAGAUUUGUACCAUUGAAUGUAAAUAACUUUAAGUUGAGUUGGUUAUCCAUGCUACAUAAAUGCAAAUUUCUUUACAAACUUUAGUAUUAAUAAAUUUAUUAAAAAAGAAGUGCAAAACUAUCAAGUCAGCUGGUUGAGUUAAAUGAUCAGUCAUUUUCUGAAGAUUUGUUGUAUUCAAAACAAAGCCAGGAUUGCUAAGCCAAAUGUUUCAAAUUAAUUUUCAUUUUCAGUAAUCUUCAACUCUGACCAUCGCUUUGGAAAUUAAUCAUUGCAGAUAAGAGACUGCAGCUGCUAUAAACUGACUACAAAAAAGCCAGAGCUAUGAACUAGAUUUGUCAACAUUAGUAGGGAAAAAGAUGUGUCAAUGUAAACGAUGGAUCUCUGAAAACCUGAUUUUGUGUAUUGUCAACCAAUUCAUUUUCUAAAUUACUUUGAUCUAAUUAUGACAUGCUUAGUCUGCUUGAAAUUCACUUGGGAACUCGUGAGUCAUUGAGUAGUUCAUUCCUAAUAUUUAAAACAUUGAUUUAGAAAAAGCAAUUUAUCUUUCAGCUGUGGAAUUUUAUGAGCUGUGACAAGAUGCCUUGAAGCCUUGAAAGGUAGACUAGUUCUCUUUUGAAAAAAGAAAUAUGCUAGUUUGAGGCACGUAAUGGGAUAAGUAGUCCUUGCCCAGCAUUCAGUUUUCAAAAUGGUAUUUUGUGGGAAACAAUCAUUUAUACUUGAUUUUCAACCAUACUUUUAUUAAAAGAUAGAUGCUGCAUUAUGAGAAGUAAGGGGGAAAAUGUAAACAAUUAGUAACCUGUUGAAGAACCAAAAUAUACAUAUGGGAUAGGUAACGAUAUGAAUUUCUGAAAUUCUGUAAUGUAGGGCCAAUUAUAUUUUGGAAUAGUUCUGAAGAUGCAGUUUGGUUUUAUUUCUACCUGCCUUUUUGCCCUGUGUCGCAUCCAGUGUUUGGAAUUCAGAUUGCUGUUUGUUUCAAUUAUGUUCCUAGUGAAUGCACCUAAUGUAUGGAAAUGGCUAGUGCAUUGUUCUUGUAGUUGUCUGCAAUUCAUUUAAAGUACAGUGGGAGGGUAAGGCAUUGCUAGCUGAAGAUGAAGGACUGAGAAAAACAUUGUUGUGCGACUUUGCUUUUUCUCUGAAGGAUGUGCAUUUGCUGGCAUUAUCUGCAAUGUACAUCACUACAAGAACCCAAGGAAGUAGGCACAGGAGUAGGCCACCUGGCCUCUCAAGCCUGCCCUGCCAUUCAAUAUGAUCAUGGCUGAUCUACCCCAGGCCUCAAUUCCUCUGUGCUAUCAAAUCCCUGAUAUUACAAAAAUGGAUUUAUCUCCACUUUAAAUACUUCUAAUGAUCUAACCUCUGCCACUGAGAUACUUUAUGGUUCAGUACCAGAUGAUUUUUAUGCCAAUCUUUUUCAGCUCCUCUGAAUUUAGUAGGUGUGAUGUUUUGAGAAGAAGCCUCAUGACUUUUGUCAAAUGUUGCAAGUUUGCAUUAAUUGUAGCAGGAGAAUGCCUAGCACAUUAAAUAUAAAAUCUAGGAAUAGAAUGUGGAGGAAGCAGAAACAGAAAUGCUGGAAGAACUCAGCCAGUCAAGCAACAUUUGUGGAAAAAGAAACCAGUUAACAUUAUGGGUCAAACUUCCUUCCUCAGACCUGGAGGAUAAGUGGAGGGUUUAUGUUUUCCAUGGAAUGUGGAGGUAUUAAAGCCAAAUAAAACCAAAUGAUUGACAUACUACAUACUUAACCUAUAUUGGUACCUGAUUAUUUUUACUGUGACCAAAUAAAGUGUGCA